AUGAGCUACAGUGUCAAACAUUCUUCUGCAUCCCUCUUGGGAAAAAUCCAUAUUGGUGGACACAAUCCUAAAAGCUCCUGCCAUGUAUCUCAUAAAGUAACGCUUAGCAUUUCCCCUCAUAAAUCUCACAGUGUCCAUGGAGGCUCAGGAAGUAAAAUCCCAUUUUUCAAAUAUUUGCCAAAUAGCAGUCAUUAUAAUACUGGAAGUGUAUAUGGUGACUAUAACCAGGGAAGUAGUUUUGGAGGUCACAAUGGGUGGAAAAAUAAUGGCCUGCUCAGCACCAAUGAGAAGGAGACCAUGCAAAGUCUGAAUGACCGACUUUCAACCUAUCUGGGUAAAGUGAGCGCACUGGAGCAGGAAAAUGCCCAGCUAGAGAGGAAGAUCUGUGAGUGGUAUGAAAAUAAUGCAACCAUUUCAUUACCUGACUACUGCAAGUUCUUAAGGACUAUUGAAGAUCUGCAGAAUGAGGUCUUCUCAACUACUAUGGAUAAUGCUAGGAUUGUCCUGCAGAUAGACAAUGCCAAGCUAGCUGCAGAGGACUUCAAAAGCAAGUUUGAGAUUGAACUUGGUGUUAGAAAUAAUGUUGAGGAAGAUGUGCGUGGUUUGCGCAGAGCAUUAGAUGAACUUAACAUGGAAAGACGGGAUCUAGAAAUGCAGAUGCAAUGUCUCCAGGAAGAGUUAGAACAACUGAAGAAAAACCAUGAGGAGGAGGUGAACAGUCUAAGAGCUCAACUGGGUGCUAGAGUCAAUGUGGAACUAAAUGCUGCGCCAUCUGUAGAUCUGAACAGAGCUUUGGUUGAAAUCAGAGAGCAAUAUGAGAACUUGAUGGAGCGGAACAUGAAAGAAGCUGAGGCCUUGUUCCAGCAAAGGAGUGCAGAGCUAAACCGUGAGAUGUCUUCAGGUGCAGAACAACUAAAGUCAAUAAACAAUGAACUGAUAGAUUUGAGGCGCACUGCUCAGACUCUAGAGAUUGAGUUGCAGAGCCAGCUAAGCAUGAAAUCAUCGCUGGAGUGUUCUCUUGAAGAAACACAAGCCAACUAUGCAUCACAACUUGCACAAUUGCAAGGGCUUAUUGACAACGUUGAAGCACAGCUAGCGCAGAUCAGAUCAGACUUGGAGCGCCAGAAUCAGGAGUACAGACUGCUUAUGGACCAGAAAACCCAUUUGGAAAUGGAAAUAGCUACCUAUAAACGUCUGCUGGAAGGACAUGACAUAAAUGUUCAAGCCCAUCAUUCAUCAGGAGGGACACAUGGAUCUCAACACAACAAAUAA